GAAAGAGGCCGAGGGGGGGUGGCUUCCCGGCUCUGGCAUCGCCGAGAGGUUGGCACCGCCUGCACGCACCCUCAGUCCGCAGCCCCGAGGAACAUGUCCGCGGCCAGGGCUCACAGAGCCCCGGGGAGGAGAACCGGGGGAGGGCGUGUGCAGUGGCGGCGGCGGCCGCGGAGCCGCUAGUCCCCUCCCUCCUGGGGGAGCAGCUGCCGCCGCCGCCACCAUCAGCGCGCGGGCCGCGGCCGGAGCUAGCCGGGCGAGCGGCGCGCGCGGGGGCGGGCGGGGGCGGGGAGGGGGGUGGGCAAAGGGGGCGGGAGGGCGUGGGGGGAGGGUCUCGCUCUCCCUGAGACCAGAGCCCGAGAGGGAGACCCUGGCGGCGGCGGCGGCGCCUGACACUCGGCGCCUCCUGCGGUGCUGCGGGGCGGCAUGUCCGAGGCUGGCGGGGCCGGGCCGGGUGGCGGUGGGGCAGGAGCCGGGGCUGGGCUCGGGGCGCUGCCCCCACAGCCCCCCGCGCCGCCCCCCGUGCCGCCGCAGGGCUCCCCGUUCGCCGCCGCCGCCGCCGGGGGCUCGGGCGCCUGCGGACCGGCGACGGCAGUGGCGGCGGCGGGCACGGCCGAAGGACCAGGAGGCGGCGGCUCGGCCCGAAUCGCCGUGAAGAAGGCGCAACUGCGCUCCGCUCCGCGGGCCAAGAAACUGGAGAAACUCGGAGUGUACUCCGCCUGCAAGGCCGAGGAGUCUUGUAAAUGUAAUGGCUGGAAAAACCCCAACCCUUCUCCCACUCCCCCCAGAGCCGAUCUGCAGCAAAUAAUUGUCAGUCUGACAGAAUCCUGCCGGAGUUGUAGCCAUGCCCUAGCUGCUCAUGUUUCCCACUUGGAGAAUGUGUCAGAAGAAGAAAUGAACAGACUCCUGGGAAUAGUGCUGGAUGUGGAAUAUCUCUUCACCUGUGUCCACAAGGAAGAGGAUGCAGAUACUAAACAAGUCUAUUUCUACCUUUUCAAGCUCUUGAGAAAGUCUAUUUUGCAAAGAGGAAAACCUGUGGUUGAAGGCUCUUUGGAGAAGAAACCCCCUUUUGAAAAACCUAGUAUUGAACAGGGUGUGAAUAACUUUGUACAGUACAAAUUUAGUCACCUGCCAUCCAAAGAAAGGCAAACAAUCGUUGAGUUGGCAAAAAUGUUCCUAAAUCGCAUCAACUAUUGGCAUCUGGAAGCACCAUCUCAACGAAGACUGCGCUCUCCCAGUGAGGAUAUUUCUGGGUACAAAGAAAACUACACAAGGUGGCUGUGUUACUGCAACGUGCCACAGUUCUGUGAUAGCCUGCCUCGGUAUGAAACCACGCAGGUGUUUGGGAGAACACUGCUUCGCUCCGUCUUCACCGUUAUGAGACGACAACUCCUGGAACAAGCAAGACAGGAAAAAGACAAACUGCCACUUGAGAAACGAACUCUAAUCCUCACCCAUUUCCCAAAGUUCCUGUCCAUGUUAGAGGAAGAAGUUUAUAGUCAAAACUCGCCCAUCUGGGAUCAGGAUUUUCUCACAGCCUCUUCCAGAACCAGCCAGCUAGGAAUCCAAACAGUCAUCAAUCCACCUCCUGUGGCUGGGACAAUUUCAUACAAUUCAACCUCGUCUUCCCUUGAGCAGCCGAAUGGAGGAAGCACCAGUCCUUCCUGCAAAGGCUCUUCUGGGCUUGAGGCAAACCCAGGAGAAAAGAGGAAAAUGAAUGACACUCAUGUAUUGGAAGAGGCCAAGAAACCCCGAGUUAUGGGGGAUAUUCCAAUGGAAUUAAUCGAUGAGGUGAUGUCUACCAUCACGGACCCUGCGGCAAUGCUGGGACCAGAGACCAAUUUUCUGUCAGCACAUUCGGCCCGGGAUGAGGCAGCCAGGAUGGAAGAGCGCAGGGGCGUGAUUGAAUUUCACGUGGUCGGCAAUUCCCUGAAUCAGAAACCCAAUAAGAAGAUCCUGAUGUGGCUGGUCGGACUCCAGAACGUGUUCUCCCAUCAGCUGCCCCGAAUGCCAAAAGAGUACAUCACACGGCUUGUCUUUGACCCGAAACACAAAACCCUUGCUUUGAUUAAAGAUGGCCGUGUUAUUGGUGGUAUCUGUUUCCGUAUGUUCCCAUCCCAAGGAUUCACCGAGAUUGUUUUCUGUGCUGUAACCUCCAAUGAGCAAGUCAAGGGCUAUGGAACACACCUGAUGAAUCAUUUGAAAGAAUACCAUAUAAAACAUGACAUCCUGAACUUCCUCACAUAUGCAGAUGAAUAUGCAAUUGGAUAUUUCAAGAAACAGGGUUUCUCCAAAGAAAUUAAAAUACCUAAAACCAAAUAUGUUGGCUAUAUCAAGGAUUAUGAAGGAGCCACUUUAAUGGGAUGUGAGCUAAAUCCACGGAUCCCAUACACAGAAUUUUCUGUCAUCAUUAAGAAGCAGAAGGAGAUCAUUAAAAAGCUGAUCGAAAGAAAACAAGCUCAGAUUCGAAAAGUCUACCCUGGCCUUUCGUGUUUUAAAGAUGGAGUUCGACAGAUUCCAAUAGAAAGCAUUCCUGGAAUUAGAGAGACAGGCUGGAAACCGAGUGGAAAAGAGAAAAGUAAAGAACCCAAAGACCCUGACCAGCUGUACAGCACGCUCAAGAGCAUCCUCCAGCAGGUGAAGAGCCAUCAAAGCGCUUGGCCCUUCAUGGAACCCGUGAAGAGAACAGAAGCUCCGGGAUAUUAUGAAGUUAUAAGGUUCCCCAUGGAUCUGAAAACCAUGAGCGAACGCCUCAAGAAUAGGUACUACGUGUCUAAGAAAUUGUUCAUGGCAGACUUACAGCGAGUCUUUACCAAUUGCAAAGAGUACAACCCCCCUGAGAGUGAAUACUACAAAUGUGCCAAUAUCCUGGAGAAAUUCUUCUUCAGUAAAAUUAAGGAAGCUGGAUUAAUUGACAAGUGAUUUUCCCCCCUCUGCUUCUUAGAAACUCAUCAAGCAGUGUGCCUAAAGCAAGGUGGUUUAGUUUUACAAAAAAUUGGACAUAAUGUGUUGAAGAUAUUUGUAAAUGUAAUAAUUAGCACUUUUGAAAAACAAAAAACCUCCUCUUAGCUUUUCAGAUACGUAUUUAAAUUGAAGUCAUAGAACAUUUUUUAUUUUAUGAAAUAGAUUUUAAUCUAUUUACUACUAUUCAUGUAAAUUUUCUAUGGCAUGUCUAUUAACUGAAUAGUCAAUAAUAGAUGAUCAGAGAUUUCCUCAAAACCUGUACUUGAGGAAAUCGCACAUAGUACCAAGAUUUGGGGGAAUCCAGAAAAUUUCAGACCAUGAAUGUUUCCAUUUUUUCCUAAUGGAAUGUGAGAGUUUAUUUUUAUUUUUUUCUGAAGGACUUUAAGCAAGGAAUACAUGAUAAAAAGCCCGUAAAAGGUGAAAUAUGUGAUGUUUGAAGUCUCAUUGUAGACUUUUUAUAUAUAUAUUUUAAAAACACUCAUCUAGAUGAGGUGCUUUGAGCAGUUCUGAAAAAAAUGCAGUUCCAGAAGAGCAACUGCUUCAAUUCCUAAGGAAGAAAUUCUAAAUAAU